GACAACAAGCUGUUCAUAGUAUUUGUGAAUGGAGUUUUAAAUAUUGUUUAUACAUAUACGGAGGAAAUAAUAAAAAAAUAAUUUUUUAUCAAAUCCACUUCCUGCUUUCCGCUAAUUUAAAAAAUUUAUUUAAAAUAAAUUGUUGUAUUAGACACUACUUGAUUACUAUAAAGUUUUAAAUAAUAUUGUUCAAUGAGUAAUUACUUUAAAAAAGGUGGAGUGGCUAGCAGCUGCAAACAUAUACUUCAUUGUGGUGAUCAAUGUGAAGGAAGAUGCAACAGGUUUACAUAUACAAAACACUUUAAAAGCAAAACUAAAAUGGUGCCUCUAAUCUCUCUCGCACUCUCCUUAAUGUGUUAUCAUAAUAUUAUUUUCGUCCAAGGUAUGCUGAUUGAUUCAAAUGACUUUAAGACUGAAAUAUAUUCUGAAUUAACAACAACAUAUAUGCCUCAAAUUUUGCUGGAUCCACACAUUUCCGAAAGCAAAGAAAAUGUUAUAAAUAAAUUAAACAUAAUUUUAAAUCCGACACCGGAGGCUGAGUCAUAUAAAAAUAUAAAAUUUGAAGAGAAAAUCGAGGAUAAAAAUAUAGAUAUAAAAUCAAGCAUUGAUUAUCCUGCUGGCCCACUUACUGAAACAAUUCAAAAUACAACUAGUCAGUAUUCGUACCCUUCACCAACAUUGGACAAUUUAAAUGAACAAUAUGAAAAUGAGUCAAAAACUGAAUCUGCAACAAUACAUAUGCCUCAAAUCUUAUUAGAUACACACAUUUUAAAAAUUAAAGAAAAAUCAUUAGAUAAUUUUGAAAAGAUUUUAACAAAUACUCCGGAGGAAGAAUUAUAUAAUAAUAUAAAACAUGAAGAAAAAAUCGGGUAUAAAAAUAUAGAAAAUAAUUCAAGUGUUGAUUCUGCUGAUUCUUUUAAUGAAACAAUACAAAAUUUUUCUAGAAAGAAUUCGAACACUUCGGCAGCAUUGGAAAAUGUUAAUAGACUGUCUGCAUCAAAAAGUGAAAAACAUUUUUUAUCUGAAAAAAUUGUUUUGGAAAAUUUUGUAAAGGAUAUCUCGGAAAAUACAUACUCAAGCGAAGAUUCAUUUCGACAACACCAACAAAUCAUACAAAAUUUUGAAACAAAUUACUCAUCAGAUGUGUCAAAAUAUAUAUUCAAUCAACAAGAAUUAAAUAAAACUUUCGAAAUAUCCGAAAUUAAUCUACCACAAAACUGUAUGGAUUCGGUUUGCGAAGUUAAUACAACUAAAUUUGAUGUUCAUAUCAUUAAAAACAAUAGUGCAAAAUUUAACAAUACAAAAGUGGUUGAAUCUGCAUCAGAAAUUACAAAUGAUUUGCCAAAUAUUACUUAUACACCCCUUUCAUACGAAUCAAUUGAUUUUGUUACACAGAAUAAUGAUAGCAAUUAUAAUGACAAUAUUUUAUCUGUGGAUUUGCAUGAGACUAUUUCUAUAAGCCCAAAAAAUAGUAAUGAAACAGAUGUUUUAAAUAUUACGGAAUAUCCUAAAUUAUAUUUUGAAGAAGUGACUGAAGAAAUAGAAAAUGCUAAUGACUCAUGUGUAGACGAACACGUGGUUAUAAAAAAGGUAUUAGUCGAACAAGAUGUUAUUGAAUAUUCAUUUAAUAAGACAACUUAUCCGGAUUUACAAAAUGAUGAGAAAAAUCUACUUCAGUUAACCUAUACUGAUCAGAAUGCACAGGAAAAUAAAACAAAAAAUGGAAGAACUAAUAAAAAUUAUACACUGGAUUCGAAAACUAUAAACGAACACACAAAAAGUAAUGCUUUAGAUUCAGAGAACAUUACAGAUUGUACAUCUGUAGAAAGCAGUGAAGAAAAUACAUUUAAUGACUAUCAGUCAACGGAAGUGAUUAAUCAAUAUAAAAACAACGUAGUUAAAAACGAGUCUAUGCAACAUCUAGAGCAAGACAACUUCAUUAAUUUAAACAAAGAAGUCGACGAAUUACUUUGGAAAAGUGGUGAAGAACGUUCUAUGAAUGAACUGCGCCAUGAAAAACCUGCCGAAGAUGAAACUAAUCAAUAUAAUAAAACUGAUAAAUACAAUGAUAUUGGGACAAAAAAGUUCGAAAAUAACACUUAUCUCUUUAACCAAAUUGAAAACGAACAAUACAUAACAAGAAUAGAAAAAAAUAACAAUGAAAACCAUGAAACUCAUGAAGUUAGAUCAACAACUUUAAAAACCAUAAAUGAAUCUGAAGCAUUCGAAAGCAAUAUUUCUGAAAUUGAUAUUACUGAUAGUAAUAACACAACGGAGAAAUACGAAAAUAAUUAUAAUAUAUUUAUUAUAAAAAACGAGCAAAUAGUUCAAUCGAACUUGACAAAACCUGUAAACGAUUACAAUUCAGUAACCAAACAAGUAACGCCAUUAUUAGCGGAUGACAUAGCUGCAACUUUAUUCGAAGCAUAUCCCCCACAAGAUGUUGGUCAAACGUUCAAUGAUAAUUUGGCAGAUGAAUCAGUUGGUUUUGGAAAAGCUCUACCCAUCUCCAUUACUGAAGGCUUCAAUAGAUCUACUAUAAUAAUUGCAAUGAGUUCUGUCACUGCUAUUCUUUUCAUAAUCAUUUCUGUAACAAUAUUUCUUAUUUCCUUUCAACAUCAACAUGGUACUUUAGAUAUAGAAAUGCAAGAACGUAAUUGUGGUAAAGAUGACUUAGAUGAUGAAGAUGCGCAAACUUUUGCAAAGUUAUUAGAGGUCGAACUUCCACCAUCAGUAGCCGUAGCUUUAGACGAAUGUGAAGAAUGUUUGUAAGAAAAAAUAUUGGAACUUUCACUAAUAUUCUUUUUGUAAAUAUUAAUUCCGAUAACAUUUAUUAAGUUAUUACUCAAUUUUAUAAACAUACAAGUAUUACAAACUAUGUAAAUGUUUUCUACAAAUUUAUAUAUAAAUAUAAACACUAUAGUGUUUAUUGUAUAUAUCAAGAAUAAAUUUAAGACAUAUUCAUAGGAAUAAAUUUUAAGAUUAUCAGGUUAAUACAAAGAAA